AUGAAUUCUGAGUCCCACCGGAAGCUAUUGAUGAAAAUACUAAAUGAGGCUCAUGUCACUCACGACAUCACCUUGGACAAAUUUGGAGGCAUCAUAAAUAACAUCACAACCAACAAUCACCUAAGUUUCACAGAUGAUGAGCUCCCAACCGAAGGGAGAGGGCAUAAUAAAGCACUACACAUAUCAGUAAUGUGCCUCGACCAUAUAAUAUCAAGAGUCGUCAUUGACAAUGGCUCCUCGCUCAAUGUCAUAUCAAAAUCAACAUUAGCAAAACUACCUUAUGAUGGUACAUAUAUGAGACCAAGUCCCAUGGUUGUUAGAGCUUUCGACGGGAGUCGCAUAGAAGUAAUGGGGGAAAUCGAUCUCCCAGUUCAAAUAGGCUCGGUCACAUUUGAAAUCACGUUUCACGUGAUGGAUAUUGUACCCACUUAUAAUUGCUUAUUGGGAAAGCCAUGGAUCCAUUCUACCGGCGUAGUGCUGUCAACCUUACACGAAAAGCUGAAGUAUAUGGUAAAUGACCAAUUGGUAAUCGUGUCAGGAGAAGGAGACUUGUUGGUGAGUAAUUUGUCCACCACACCUUAUGUUGAGACAGCAGAAGACGCUCUAGAAACUGCCUUCCAAACACUAGAAAUCGUGGACACCGCUUAUGUCGAGACGACACCUAUAGAACCACAUAUGUCAAACACCGUUAUUAUGAUGGCUAAGUUCAUGUUGAGCAGAGGACACCAUCCAUGGCACGAGUUGGGGAAGGAUGACGAAGGGCUCAAAGAACCGGUGGAACUUCCUGAAAAUAGAGAUAAGUGGGGUUUAGGCUACAAACCCACCAGGGAUGACAAACGGAGAUUGGUCAAAGAGAAAAAAGAAAAAAGAUUAGUUCGAAUUGAAAAUCGAGAACCAAGAAUUGAAAGUAUUCCUAGUUUCCAAAGUGCAAGACCAACAAGUGAGAUCCAUAUUGCGGCAACUGAAGAUGACAUGUUUGAUGGGGAGGCUAAUUGGAUUCAUUCGUGUGGUUUAGGAGCAGAAAUCAGGAAUUGGAAAGAUAUGCCUGGAUUGGAUACUAGCAUAGUGGAGCAUAAAUUGCCCUUAAAACCCGAUUUUUCUCCGAUGAAACAAAAAUUAAGGCGAAUGAAGCCUGAUAUGUCAUUAAAAAUCAGGGAAGAAGUACAAAAACAAUUUGAUGUAGGAUUCCUCGCUGUGGCAAAUUAUCCCAAAUGGAUAGCCAAUAUUGUACCAGUGCCAAAAAGGGAUGGCAAAGUACGAAUGUGUGUCAAUUAUAGGGACCUUAAUAAAGCUAGUCCUAAAGAUGAUUUGCCAUUACCUCACAUCGAUAUUUUGGUUGAUAAUAUGGCUCUCCAUUCACUCUUUUCCUUUAUGGAUUGUUUCUCUCGGUAUAAUCAAAUUAAGAUGGCAGCUCAAGAUAUGGAAAAAACGACUUCCAUCACUCCUUGGGGAACAUUUUGUUACAAAGUAAUGCCUUUUGGUCUGAAGAAUGUUGGGGCAACCUACCAAAGAGCUAUGGUAACCCUAUUCCAUGACAUGAUACAUAAAGGGGUCGAAGUUUAUGUAGACGACAUGAUUGCUAAGUCACAAACAGAAGAAGAACAUAUUAUUGAUCUAAAGAAACUCAUCGAAAGACUUAAUAAGUUUAAGCUAAAGCUCAACCCUUUCAAAUGCACUUUUGGUGUGAGAUCGGGCAAAGUAUUGGGAUUUGUGGUUAGACAAAGAGGAAUAGAGGUUGAUCCCGAUAAGAUUUGA